ACAAAUAAAUCUCCAUUGUACUGUGAACAUACCAAACAUUAAUGGCUAAAACCAGAUGGUCUUGUUUUGUCAACGCUCUCUUCGCAAUCGCUGUUCUAGCGAUUGCCCAUUUUUCCAACUGUGAAUCUGUCUUGUCUGAGAAAGAACAGAAUAAGGUCUCCAAGUUGCCCGGUCAGAACUUCAAUGUAAAUUUUGCUCACUAUUCUGGAUUCGUUACAACGAAUGAGAAGCUGGGAAGAGCGCUCUUCUACUGGCUAAUUGAAGCUGCUGAAGAUCCUGCGUCUAAGCCUCUUGUUCUAUGGCUCAAUGGAGGACCAGGAUGUUCAUCAGUUGGAUUUGGUGAAGCUGAAGAGAUAGGACCAUUUCACAUUAAGCCUGAUGGGAAGACUCUUUACCUUAAUCAAUAUUCUUGGAACCAAGCUGCGAAUAUAUUGUUCCUGGAUGCACCAGUUGGAGUUGGCUUUUCAUACUCAAACACUUCAUCUGAUUUGCUUACCAAUGGUGAUAAGAGAACUGCACAAGACUCGCUUACAUUUCUGCUGAAAUGGGUUGAGAGAUAUCCGGAGUACAAAGGAAGAGAGUUUUAUAUAGUUGGGGAGAGCUAUGCAGGGCAUUACAUUCCUCAGCUGAGCCAAGCCAUUGUAAGACAUAACCAAGCUUCUGGCGAAAACACUGUUAAUCUGAAAGGUUACAUGGUAGGAAAUGGGUUGAUGGAUGAUCGCCAAGACCAGCUCGGUCUUUUCCAGUAUAUUUGGACGUUGGGUUUCAUCUCCGACCAAACAUACACCUUACUGAAACUCCAGUGUGGUUUGGAACCCUUUAUUCACUCCUCUGAAGCCUGCAAUAACGCUCUGGAGAUAUCGUACAAGGAAAUGGGUAACAUAGACCAUUACAGUGUCUUCACACCGGCCUGUGUUGCAAGUGCUUCCCAGUCAAGAAUGUUGCUAAAGAGAAGACCAGUGAAUAGCCGUGUGAGUGAACAAUAUGAUCCUUGCACGGAGAAACACUCCAAAGUGUAUUUCAAUCUUCCAGAGGUUCAAAGAGCUCUCCAUGUCCCACCAGAAGUUGCACCGUCCAAAUGGGAUACUUGCAAUUAUGUGGUGAAUGAAAACUGGAACGACUGUGCUUCCUCGGUUCUAGACAUUUACCACGAGCUUAUAGCUGCUGGGAUUCGUAUAUGGGUUUUCAGUGGAGAUGCAGAUGCUGUUGUACCAGUCACAUCAACCCGGUACAGCAUAGAUGCUCUAAACCUUAGUACAACUAGUCCCUAUGGCCCUUGGUACAUAGACGGACAGGUGGGAGGGUGGACUCAGCAGUAUGCAGGUCUAAACUUUGUGACUGUGAGAGGCGCAGGACAUGAAGUUCCUUUGCACAGACCAAAGGAGGCACUUGCGCUCUUCAAGGCUUUUAUUUCUGGAACUCCAUUGUUGUCCACACCGGAGAAGAGCAUCAGGAGCGAGAUGUCUGAACUCGUUAGUGACUCAUGAUGAGUUCUGGCUUGAUGAAGAUUCUCAGUCAUUGAAUGAAGAAGAGAGGGAGAGAAUAAGUAAGAGCUUUUUAUGUCUUGGUUUCGCUGGUUCUUCCUCUUCUUCUACUGUUUGUUUGUUUGAAACAUUUUAAUGUUAGGCUCUACUACGUUUCUUUCUACCAUAUAUGAGCCACAUUCAAGAAAACACAUUGUGUUUAUGAGAAAUGGAAAAGUAGGUAUGAAAGGGUAUCACAUUGGAUAAA